CUUCUUCAUUUAUUCAUCUAUAUGGUCGAAAAAAAAAGAUAAUUUCGAGUGCAGCAAAAAAUCGAUUACUAUAAAUACCACAAGUUUCAUAUAUGCAUUCGUCGUCUCAAAUAAAAUAUCGCUUGAAAAAUGAAAUUUUCCUGAUUCGAUAUUCUUCGCUUAACCAUAUAAAGAUAGAGCACUAUCUCUUUUUCAUACGUAAACGCGAUUUCGUUAGCCAUUUUCUUUCUACCAUUUGUUUACUCAAUUAUUUGUUGCGUAUAAGCUGUAUAAAGUUGCUCUUACCCAGAUUUUGGGAUUCAGACGUCGGUUUUUGGAGCAACGCUUCUUCCUUUCAAAACUGAUGAAAGGAUGAAAUAGUGCGCGAAACGGCCGAAAGAGGCGCCGCAGUCUUUCGUGUCAUCUGCAUGUCCGAACGUGGCGGCGUGUUUCGCUCGGGAAUUCAUUAUCGGAAACCUUGAAAACCCGAAAUUAUUAUCCCUUCACCAAAAACCUGUCGCGGCCGACUUCGAGAGGGAUCAUUGCCGAUAACAUCUUCCACAAAGAAUCCGCGCCGUUUCGCACGUCUGGAGCGAGUUUCCACGAUUUUUUUGUGUUCGAGGUGAAAAAAGCAAAUCGCGCGAUUUUGAAGUAAUAAUCGAGGAGAGAUCGAGAUCAUCGAGAUGACCGGUCGAUGAUCUUCCCGUACUUUGCCACGCUCCCGCAUGCAUCUGCGAAAUGUCACUUUGACAUUUGGGAGGCGCAGCGGCGCGAGCGAACAGCUGAUGAUGCGUCUGUGCUUGACGUUUGACGUUUGACGUUUCGCGAUGCAAUCCGAGAUCAUGGAGGAUUUGAAGUUUAAAUUUCUCGGCCUCAUCAAUAAGCAGAACACAACUAAAGUGCCGCUUAUGGGUUUGAAUCCUGAUUUGCUUAACCCCCCUGACUCGCAGAAAUGUGAGGAUCUUCGUUCCGAGGCCGAGCAGUCGACAGAAAGCGAGCCUGUACCAGAUCAGGAUAUAUUAGAGUCCAUCGAAGAUAUUUACUUCAACACUGAUGGUACUUUUGAUCCGUCUCGCUACGAAUUAGAAAAAUUGCCAACGAUAUUACAUUCCAAGGAUAUUGAGAGACGUCACAAGAAGCUCAAGCAGCAACAACAAGUUGUCUCAAAGAAAGUGUUACAGCUUAUUUUACAAAAACAAAGUUCUUGUAAUACAGAAUUCGACAAGAUUCUGCAGCUGCAGGAACAGCUGCAAGAUGUCUUGGAAAUCUGUAGAAUGGGAAGGGCAGAUCUGCAAUUGGCCAAAAAGCAAUUUACGACAGCAAGUUUAGGUAUAUUAGCUAAUUAUCAGAGACGACAGGUGGUCGAAGAACUGUUAAAUAGUUUGAAUACUAUAAAGACCCUGCAACGUACGGGGGAUCGUCUACAGGAACUUCUGAACGAAGGUAAUUUUCCCGGAGCUAUAUCGCUUCUUCUGGAAUGCCAGAGCGCUGCUCAGACGUACAAACACUUCCACUGUAUCAACGCGUUGAGCGGAAAGCUGCAAGAUAUCUUGGAGCAAGCGGAAAGGGCCUUAGACAGUACGCUUUUUGAGAUGUGCACUAAAUUCGACGUCGCCGUGUAUUCCUCCAUUCAAGAAGCGUACACGUUAUUAGGAAAGACCCAGGCUGCCAUAGAUCAGUUGCACAUGCAUUUCAGUGUCGUCAUUCACAACACCGCGUUCGCUGUUAUUCACUCUCACGCGGGAGGCGACGUGAAGAGACAAUACAAACAAUUGUGUCAGGAUGUGCCUCGCGAGAAAUAUAUAAUUUGCCUCACGGAGCUGUGCAAAUCGCUGUGGACGAUACUGAGUUCGUAUUAUCUAGUUGUAAAUUGGCACAACGCGCAGGAGGAUAAACCGGAGUGUAAAUCUGACGUUAAGAAUUUAGAGGAAACCUUCAGCAAACAGUACGUCAAGCAGAAAUUGGAGAACAGUAUGGCCAGAGUGUGGCACGAUGUGGAAAUGAAGAUAUCAGUCUACCUGACAAAUGCUGAUUUAACAGACAUCAAAUUUGAACAGUUUGUUCAAGUACUGAGUAUAGUAAACAGAUUGAUGGAGAUCGGGGAGGAACUCUGCUUCAAAUCGGAGAACUUGCAGGAGUCCAUAAGAAAGCAAUCCUUGUCUUACUUUUCUCAUUAUCAUGCGUCUCGUUUGGACGAGUUGAGGAUAUUUUUGGAGAACGACGGCUGGGAAUUGUGUCCUGUGAAAUCGAACUUCGUGGCCACCCAGUUGCUGGAGUUUCGAAGCUUGAAGCCCUCGCUCAACAACUGCAAGACCUGGAACAGUUUAGACAGCUCGAAUUUAAGCGACAGCGACACUUCUACGGGGAUCGACUUGCAGAAAUACCUGGAGGGCGGCUCGUCGCCAUUCACAAUAGGGUUGGAUGAUACCAUGGACGAAGAUAUUUUAGUGAACGAUGAUGUUAAUCUACCUGCGUAUUUUUCGGACGAGUCCGACGAUGAUAUUCCGGAUGAAUUGAAGCAUGAAUAUGUUGAUGAAUCAGAUCAUGCUAGAGUUAGCAAAAAGAAGUGCAAACUCAAACAGUCUGGACCGAUGGUUACAAAUACAACGUUAAGCAUACUGAGAGUCUGCGGCAAGUACCUACAAAUGUCAAGACUUCUACGAUCAAUCGCAGUCACCGUCAUCCAAAGUAUGAUACAGUUCUUCGAAUUGUGCUUCUACACGGUUCACUUGUUCUUCACAUCGGAUCUUCAAAUCAACAGCGAUUCCUUGUACAGUCCAAAGUUGAAGUUAUCCUUAACACGAAUCAGAGAGAGUCUGAUCAUCUCUGAGAACGACGCGAUGGAGGAAAAUGGUAAUGGGAAUUGCGAUAAAGUGAGACAACCUCAGCUUUCGUCCAUCGUGAAUCUGUCGCAGCCCGAGAAGCUUCACGGAUUAACAGAACGUAUCGUUGCCGUCGAGUCUCUGAUCUUCUUGGGACAGCAGUACGAAGGCCUGAGACCUUACUUGGAGCAUCUCAUCGCCAACAGUCCCCAAAGAGGAUUUUUACAUCAGUUUUACAUGCAAACGAUAGCAUCCACCGCGGAUCUGAGGAAACCGGUUUACAUGGCGGUGGCUUCGCAGGCGUUCGACGUCGCGAACAUCUUAAACUUGAUGAACAAGGUCAACUGGGAAGUGACGGACGUCAUGUCUCAACAUAGCAAUUAUAUCGAUGCACUCAUCCAAGAAAUAUGCACCUUGAAUGAAAGACUCAACGUUAUUGGAACGUACAUUCCUUUAAAUGUAGAUGUAUGCAAUGCGGUAUGGGAAAACGUUGCUCACUUGAUUACACACACCUUAGUGGAAGGGUUCUCCAAUGCUAAGAAGUGUUCGAAUGGCGGCAGAGCUCUGAUGCAGCUCGAUUUCACGCAGCUAAAGUCCAAAUUUGAAAAUGUGACAUCGUUAAGACCUAUGCCGCACAGGGAAUAUGUCGAAUUGUAUAUUAAAGCGUAUUACCUUCCUGAGAAUAGCUUUGAAGAAUGGAUUAAGGAGCACAAGGAAUACUCAGUGAAACAUUUAGUCGGAUUGAUUUCGGCAACAUGUCAAAACAAUAAAAAAACUCGGCAACGAUUGAUAGCGCUUGCGGAAGAGCAACGAUCCAGUAGAUAGCAUCCAACUAUUUAUUACAGAUCUGUCCAGGGUUAUAUCGAGAUAGGAAGUAUUUGAGAUAUAUUUAUCAAAUGGGAGAGAAAUCGCGCGUUGUUAGUUGUACAGUAGAACGAAUUUUUUAAGUAUGUUAUUGAGAGAAAAUGAUCUGAUGAGAUAUUCGUGUGUUUGAAAUUAUUGCAUCAAAUUUGAGAUCUUCGAGUCCGCGAUGAAGAAUCGAGCGAGCCAUAUUUUAAUAUAUUUAUGAACAGAAUAUUAUGUAUAUAUGUGAAUCUCUCACACAGUUCGACAAGAAAGGCUUUUACGAUAUACUAACUAUUAGCUCUAAUGUAUAUAUUACAAAUAUUUUAACACAUACAUGAUAUUUUAGAGUCUAUAUAAUUAAACCAUGUGGGAAUCUGUAUUAAAACGCGCGUGUUUGAAUGAAAUUUAAGCUUAUUUUUAAUACAUUAAAUCUCUCGAAUGUGAAAACGCGCAAAGAUUAUAUGAAUCUCAUGUGGAUCUAUAAGUUUAUAAUUAGAAUAUUAACAUAGAGUAUUAACUAAGAAACUCAAUAUUGCUACUGAUUUUACACUAAAAAUGUUUUUACUUAUGAUCUGUAUCUGUGUCAUGAUUAUAUUAAUUUUAGAGAAAAAAAAAUUCAGUUUUUCUUAUGUAAAAAUAUUGCAUCAGUGAUGUUUUCUUCUAUUCAUCUAUUUUAAGAAUUUUCGAUUUUACAUAGUUUUGUCCUAUAUUUUUAUAAAGAGCCAAAGUACAUAAAUUAAAAGUAUGAUGUAUAACAUUUCCUUUUUUUUGCAUAUCUUGUAUAUACCAUACAUUUCGUAUAUUAAUUUUUUUUAUUAAUAAUAUUGUCAAAGCCAAAGUGUAAAAUUCGGAAGAUAAUGUGACUGAUGUCUCAUUCUACUCACAAAUAAUCAUACUGGCUGUUGAAAUAAUAAAACCAUGACUUUCCACUGAA